CCUCUUAAGUUAGUUCAAGAAAUCAAAUCUGUCAGGACGGGCGGAAAAAUGCCACUUCCCGACUAACAGGCGGAAUCCAGCCCAGAUUUUCAGUCGUUUCUUCUUAUUCUUUCUUCCCUUUCACUAAUUUAUCCCGAUGUUAGCACAUUCUGUCUUGUUACUAGCGGACGCCUGUAGGUUUGCUACAUGGGAUCAUUACUUACUGAUCACGGUGACUCUGAAGUCUGGAACUGAAGGCGGAAUGAGAAGUUGGGAAAACUUUUUUCUCUAAGCUCUCUCUCUCUUUCUUUUUCUUUUUUUUUUUUAAACCUAUUAUUUUCGAUGCUUGUUAAGAGGAAAAAAAAACCUUUGGUACUUCUGUUGUGAAUGUGAAACAUUAUCUUCCAGCUGUACAGUGACACAUUUUUUUAAGGAGAAAAGGACUCCUGAUCCGUUUGCCAAAAAGGGGGUGGGGAGGUGGAAUAAUGUUAUCGAGUGAUUAUUCUGGCUGAGAUGUGUUAUUUGGUUUCUUCCUUCUUGAUCAUUUGGUGUUUAAGUAAAAUGAGGCAUAGGCUUGUUUGCCGAGUGGAGUGGGAAAGGCAUUUUGAUUUGCUGGCCUAAUUAAAAAAUGAUAAAGGAUUAAAGGAAAAGGUGGACCUGGACUGAAGGGUGUAAAAUCUCUGGACACAUUCCUGGGGCAGGAAAAAGAAGAGGAAGAUUAGAAGAUUUUUUUUUUUUUUUUUUUUUUUUAAGAGAAAGCCCAGCGGAGCUAAACGAAUGUCCCCUCAUCUCCAAAGGAAAGUUCAUCGGAUUUUUAUUCUAGAGAGCCCAUCUUCAGGAUGUCAGUGAACAUUUCUGCUGCAGGAAAAGGUGUGGAUCCAAAUACGGUUGAUACUUAUGACAGUGGUGAUGAUUGGGAAAUCGGGGUUGGAAAUCUAAUCAUUGAUUUGGACGCUGAUUUGGAGAAGGACAGACAGAAAUUUGAGAUGAAUAAUUCCACCAACACCACCAGCAGCAGCAACUCCAAGGAUUGUGGAGGUCUGGCCUCCGGUGGGGCCGGUGCUACCGCAGCCUUAGCUGAUGGCCUAAAAUUUGCUUCUGUUCAGCCCUCCGCUCCCCAGGGGAAUUCACACAAAGAGACCAGCAAAUCAAAAGUGAAAAGGAGUAAAACUUCUAAGGAUGGUAAUAAAUCUCUGCCUUCUGCCGCCUUGUAUGGGAUUCCCGAGAUCAGCGGCACUGGCAAGAGGCAGGAAGUCCAAGGGCGCCCUGGAGAGGCAACUGGCAUGAAUUCAGCGCUGGGUCAAAGUGUGAGCGGCGGCGGCGGCGGCGGCGGCAACCCCAACGGCAGUAGUGCGGGCACCGGCCCCUCCGCUGCCCCCGCGGGGGCGGCCUCCUGCGGGAAAAGCAAAGAGGAGAAGCCAGGUAAAAGCCAGAGCAGCCGAGGCGCCAAGCGGGAUAAGGAUGCGGGGAAAUCCAGGAAGGACAAGCACGACCUGCUUCAGGGCCACCAGAAUGGCUGUGGCAGCCAGGCCCCUUCCGGGGGGCACCUCUAUGGCUUUGGGGCCAAGAGCAAUGGAGGUGGCGCCAGCCCCUUCCACUGCGGGGGCGCUGGGAGUGGCAGCGUCGCGGCUGCUGGGGAAGUUAGCAAAAGUGCCCCGGAUUCAGGGCUCAUGGGAAACUCUGUGUUGGUAAAGAAGGAAGAGGAGGAGGAGGAGAGCCACAGGCGAAUCAAGAAACUGAAAACCGAGAAGGUUGACCCCCUGUUUACAGUGCCAGCGCCGCCACCACCGAUUUCCAGCAGCCUCACGCCUCAGAUUCUGCCCUCCUACUUUCCCCCAUCUUCACCCAAUAUUGCAGCACCAGUCGAGCAGCUUUUGGUUCGGACUCGUUCUGUGGGUGUCAAUACGUGUGAAGUUGGAGUAGUGACAGAGCCCGAGUGUCUGGGGCCCUGUGAACCUGGGACCAGUGUGAAUUUGGAAGGGAUCGUGUGGCAUGAAACAGAAGAAGGUGUUCUAGUGGUCAAUGUCACGUGGAGGAACAAAACUUACGUAGGGACCCUGCUGGACUGCACCAAGCACGACUGGGCCCCUCCCAGGUUCUGUGAGUCCCCGACCAGCGACCUGGAGAUGAGAGGGGGCCGGGGCCGAGGGAAGAGAGCCAGGUCUGCCGCAGCGGCUCCAGGCUCGGAGGCCAGCUUCACGGAGUCCAGAGGGUUGCAGAACAAGAACAGAGGGGGGGCCAAUGGAAAGGGGAGGCGAGGCAGCCUCAAUGCCAGCGGGCGAAGGACACCCCCAAAUUGUGCCGCGGAGGACAUCAAAGCCAGCCCCUCCUCCACCAACAAAAGGAAAAACAAGCCCCCAAUGGAGCUGGACCUGAAUUCCAGCUCUGAGGACAACAAGCCCGGGAAGCGUGUCCGCACGAAUUCCAGAAGCACUCCAACCACUCCUCAAGGGAAACCAGAGACGACUUUUUUGGACCAAGGCUGCUCGUCUCCGGUGUUAAUCGACUGCCCCCACCCCAACUGCAACAAAAAGUACAAGCACAUUAACGGCCUGAGGUACCACCAGGCUCACGCACACUUAGACCCGGAGAACAAGCUGGAGUUCGAGCCCGACAGCGAGGACAAGAUCUCAGACUGCGAGGAGGCCUUGAGUCACGUGGCGCUCGAGUGCAGUGAGCCCAGCGCAAGCCUCUCGGCUUACGAGCAGGUGAAGGCGCCCGCCUCACCAGGCUCUGGGCACCCCCCUGGCACCCCCAAGGGAAAGAGAGAGCUGAUGAGCAACGGUCCGGGUUCUGUCAUUGGCUCUAAAGCAGGCAAGAACUCUGGCAAAAAGAAGGGCCUUCACAGUGAGCUGAGCAACCUCCCGGUGAUCUCCAACAUGACGGCCACCCUGGACGGUUGCACGGCGGCAGAUGGCAGCCUGGCCGCGGAGAUGCCCAAGCUGGAAGCGGAAGGCUUGAUCGAUAAGAAGACUGCGGGAGACAAGGAAAAGGGCAAGAAAGCCAACAACUGCAAAAUGGACAAAAAUCUCUCCAAACUUAAAACUGCCCGGCCCAUCGCCCCUGCCCCUGCGCCCGCGCCCGCGCCCCCGCAACUCAUUGCCAUACCCACCGCAGCCUUUACGAGCACCACCACGGGGACCAUCCCCGGACUGCCCUCCCUCACCACGACUGUCGUGCAGGCCACACCAAAGAGCCCUCCGUUGAAACCCAUUCAGCCAAAGCCCACGAUUAUGGGGGAGCCCAUCACCGUGAACCCAGCUCUUGUGUCCCUCAAAGACAAAAAGAAGAAGGAGAAGCGGAAGCUUAAGGACAAAGAAGGGAAGGAGUCGGGGAGCCCCAAGCUGGAUGCCAAGCUGGGCAAACUCGAGGACGCCAAAGGGGCAGGGAAAGAUUUAUCUGGGCAUUUUUUAAAGGACCACCUCAGCAAGAGUGAAGGGCUGGCCAACGGACUGUCGGAGUCUCAGGAGAGCCGGAUGGCCAGCAUCAAAGCUGAGGCGGAUAAGGUUUACACUUUCACGGACAACGCCCCCAGCCCGUCCAUAGGCAGUGCCUCGAGGAUGGAAUGCAGCACUUUGGUGAACGGCCAGGCUCCCAUGGCCCCACUGCACGUGCUCACCCAAAACGGCGCAGAGACGUCGGCGGCCAAGACCAGCAGCCCUGCCUAUUCGGACAUUUCUGAUGCAGCGGAUGAUGGCGGUUCCGACAGCCGGUCAGAGGGCAUGCGGUCCAAGGCCAGUUCUCCAUCAGACAUCAUUUCCAGUAAGGAGGGUGUUGUCAAAGGGCAUCCUUCGGCUACAGCACAGUCAUCUCAGAUGAAAGAGUCCCAUUCUCCCUACUACCAUGGUUAUGACCCUUACUAUUCUCCAAGUUACAUGCACCCCGGGCAGGUGGGAGCCCCUGCCGUUGGGAACGGUGGGAGCGCGCAGGCCAUGAAGAUCAAGAAGGAGUCCGAGGAGGACGCAGAAAAGAAAGACAAGGUGGAGCAGCUUGAUGCCAAGAAGAUGGACCAUACCUCAGCCCCCUUACAGCCCCAGCACCAGUCAGUGAUCACACAGAGACACCCAGCCCUAGCGCAGUCCCUUUACUAUGGCCAGUAUGCCUAUGGGCUCUAUAUGGACCAGAAGGCCCUGAUGGCCACCAGCCCUGCCUAUAGGCAGCAGUAUGAGAAGUACUAUGAGGACCAGAGGCUGGCAGAGCAGAAAAUGGCCCAAGCUGGCCGAGGAGAUUGCGACAGGAAAAAUGAGCUCCCCUUGAAAGAGCUGGGCAAGGAGGACAGUAAACAGAAAAUCCUGCCGUCUGCCACAAUCUCAAAAGCUCCCUCUACCCCGGAGCCUAACAAAACCCAUUCUAAACUAGGGCCACCAGUGCCUAAUAAAACUGAGGAGACAGGUAAAUCACAGCUUCUCCCCGGUCACCAGCAGCACCUUCAGGCCGACAGCUUCAAAGCUAAGCAGAUGGAAAACCACCAGCUUAUUAAGGAGGCUGUAGAAAUGAAAUCUGUCAUGGACUCUAUGAAGCAGACAGGUGUAGACCCAACCUCGAGAUUUAAACAAGAUCCAGAUUCAAGGACAUGGCAUCAUUACGUAUACCAGCCGAAAUACCUGGAUCAGCAAAAGUCAGAAGAGCUUGAUAGGGACAAGAAAUUGAAAGAGGAUAGUCCCAGGAAGACCCCCACCAAGGACGGGGGUGUGCCCAGCCUUCCCGUAUCACUAACGAGCAUUAAAGAGGAGCCCAAAGAGGCCAAGCGUCCUGAUUCUCAGUCCCUGGAGGAGAGCAAGCUGAAAAAUGACGAUGGGAAAACGCCCGUGAACUGGAAGGACUCUCGGGGAGCGAGAGUGGCGGUGUCCUCGCCCAUGAGUCAGCAUCAGUCCUACAUACAGUACUUGCAUGCUUAUCCUUACCCACAGAUGUAUGACCCCAGCCACCCUGCAUACCGGGCUGUCUCUCCUGUCCUAAUGCACAGUUACCCUGGGGCCUAUCUCUCUCCGGGAUUUCAUUAUCCUGUUUAUGGGAAGAUGUCAGGGAGAGAAGAGGCAGAAAAAGUCAAUAGCAGCCCUAGCAUCAACACGAAAACAUCGACGGAAUCGAAAGCCCUGGACUUGCUCCAGCAGCACGCCAACCAGUACCGCAGCAAGUCUCCCGCUCCCGUGGAAAAGGCGACCGCAGAGCGGGAGCGGGAGGCAGAGAGGGAGAGGGACCGCCACUCCCCCUUCGGCCAGCGGCACUUGCACACGCACCACCACACCCACGUUGGCAUGGGUUACCCACUAAUCCCUGGUCAAUAUGACCCUUUCCAAGGCUUGACCUCCGCUGCCCUCGUUGCCUCUCAGCAGGUGGCCGCCCAGGCAUCUGCAUCAGGAAUGUUUCCUGCACAAAGAAGAGAAUAACAAGAUUGGAAACGUACGUUGUCAUGUGACUGGAUCACAUGGGAGAGCGUUUUAUACAAACAUCAGUUCCAUGGUGUUAAUUUGAAAUGCCUUUAAUGGCAGGCAAAAACCAGUCAUUUCAUUUUUGUAAAUUACAGAUUUUAUCACAGAGUAACAAAUGUUGCUGUAAUUAAACUUCUGUUUUAUAUAUAUAUACGUAUACAUAUAUGUAUAUAUACAUAUAUAUAUAUAUAUAUAUUCUUUACUUUUUUGUAUCAGUAACCAGGCUCGCACACACAGGGUCUGCUACCAAGUCGCAAACCACUCAGUAAAAAGAAAUAAAAAGUGUAUCUGUCAUGUUGAAAAGUGUUGGCCGCAGAAGGCUGCUUACUUUCUUUUCCUUUCCACUUGUAAAUAAAGGACGUUCUGUAUCCGUGUGCCCGAACCUUGCAUAUCCUUCCUCGAUACCCCGUGAGGCCCUCAGAAAGGCUGGCUGUGAUGAUGACGCUUGGGUACAAUUUAGAUGUCUAUUCGGUGGCUCCCAUUAAAGACACAUCAGUGUGAAAUGCUCCUGUAGUCACUGUUUGUACUUGUGUGUUGUGGGAUUUAAAAAAAAAAAAAAAAAAAGACUUAUGGAAAGGCAUGGGGUUGCCAGUACCACAAAAACUGUGUUGUAUAUAAUGUAAAGAUUAAAAUGGGGAAAUAAUGAGCAUCUGUGAAUAAUGAGAUGUCAUUUUUUGGAUAAUCUUGAAUGGCAAAUAACCCAAUAGCCUGCGUACCAGAGACAUCUGUGAUUGUUCUAUUACUUGAAUAGUCUUGCAGUCCUUUUUUUUUUUUCUUUUUUUUUUAAUGUUUACAAUUACCCAGUUUUAGAAGAGAGAGACUUUAACGCCAUUGCCUGGUUACUUGUUUUAUGCUGUAAUCUAGUUUAUUUUAUGUAAAAUGUAUAUUGAAUGCUUUCCUUUUUUAUACCUGCCUUAAAUAAUUUGGCAAUCAGAAUUAAAAAGGUUUUUUUUUUU